AUGGGAAUCGUUGUGAUAGCCAGCGCGGCUUCUUGUGCUUCAUUGCUGGUGGUGAUCGUCUGCUUGCUGGCUGCUUUCGAUGUUUCCCGCGAGAUCGAGGCGGCCACUGAAGAACUAGCGAGGGAAAUGGCCGAGUUUAAAGAAUCGACAGACCAGCUGUGGAAUGGAAUUCGCUCCAACGGCUUCCGCGGAAAGCGCCAAGCAUACGGCGCCCAGCCACCUGGUGGAUACGUCGAAGCGAAUGUCGCUGAAUGGGUCCGGCGUGUCAAUGUGAUGUGGAAAGGCAAAGGAAGUGCCCGCCUGGACCAUCUGGACCGAAAGGAACUCCCGGGAACCCAGGGCCCAAUGGUUAUGCGGGAAUUGAUGGAAAACCAGGUCAUGACGCCGAGGACGUUACCCCCGGACAAUACGAUACCCCGCCAUGCUUCAUGUGCCAACCCGGACCCCAAGGUCCACCUGGACCUUCAGGAAGGCCCGGACCUCGCGGGUCCGAUGGGCGUCGAAGGACCUCCUGGACCGGACGGCGGCCCUGGCGAGGAAGGUCCUCUGGGCCGUAUUGGACGUGACGCCGAAUACUGCCCCUGCCCACCCAAACGCGCCAGCGCUGCCGGCGCCUACACGCUACCACGUGGA